UCCAGUCCUGCAGGUGGCGUUACUCGAUAUUUCUGACACGAAUACAGCGCGGGAGAGUUUGGCUGAAGUAACUGGAAAUGACAGACAACGGGAUAUUCAAACAUUCAGCGCUCUGAGCUGCAAACGUGUGUUUUGUUUAUCAAUACAAAUGAAAAGAAGCUGUAAUGGGUGACAGAACUCUACCCGAAUGGAUGAAUAACAAACCCCAGGAUGAACACACAUCAGGGACUUAUAAAAAGAAUGUUUUGGAGGAUCAUCUACCGUAUCUGGAAUUUGGUGGAACAGUCGUAUACAGCCAGGAAAGACAUGACUGUUCUUUUUUAUCAGAGGAUUUAAGAUCUGCUUUGGCAUCUGGCUCAGCGGUGGGAUUUGAUCUGGAAUGGCCACCAAGCUUCACCAAGGGGAAGACAAAGAAAGUUGCUAUGGUGCAGCUGUGUGCAUCUGAGGACAAAUGCUACCUGUUUCACAUCUCCUCCAUGUCAGGGUUUCCUCCUGGACUGAAGAUGUUUCUAGAAGACGAGAACAUUAUGAAAGUUGGCGUGGGAAUUGAGGGUGACAAGUGGAAGUUAUUGUCUGAUUAUGACAUCAAAUUGAAGAAUAUCGUUGAGCUCUCUGAUCUGGCAAAUGAGAAGCUGAGAUGUUGUGAGAAGUGGAGUUUGGAUGGCCUUGUGAAGCACUUGUUGAAGAAGCAGCUCUUCAAAGACAAACUGGUGCGCUGCAGUCACUGGGAUGAUUUUGGUCUGACUGAAGACCAGAAGAAAUACGCUGCCACAGACGCUUACGCUGGAUUGCUAGUUUAUCAGAAACUACAGGAAAUGAUGUCUGGUCGCUCAGGAUCCUCAGCGCUCAGCUUGAAAGAGAGAGUGUUUCAGAUUGCUUGUGAUCUAAAAGAUCUGUCUGAUCAUAUUCCCAAUGAACUCGACUGCGCACACGGUGCUGGGAGACUAGUGGAUGAUCUGUCUCAAACACUUACAUCUCUAAGAUGUGUUUUGUCAAAUUCCAACAAGCCGACUGAACAAUUAGUUGAAGAAAAGACUUCUCCAAGACUUGUUCUCGAUGACACCAAUUCUCAUCAUGAGGGCGUUUCCACAACUGAAGAGCAGAGCCACAGUCAGUGUGUGGAAAACCUUGGCAGACCUGCACAGAGAGAGUGUGUGAUGUCUUUGGAUAUCUCAGAGUAUGAGCUGCAGAUGCUGGAGGAACAGGCCAGACAGGAGCAGCUGGAAGAGGAGUGUAUCUUAGCUUUCCAGACUCAACACGCAUCAGGACCCCAGAAUUACAAUGACACAGAGAGCGAUGAAGAGUUUGAUGAUGAAAUGAUGAAGUGUGCAGAUGACAUAGAGAAAUUGAGUCAUGCACAGAUCCCUCAGUCUGGUGAUGAAGAUGAGGAUGUUGAGGAGGACCAGGAAGAGAUGCUAGAUUCAAGCAUUCCACAGCCAGUUCCUGAACAAAUCAAAUGUCUGAAAAUGUUCUUUGGACAUCACAGUUUUAAACCGGUUCAGUGGAAAGUGAUUCAGUCCAUUCUCACAGAGAGGAGAGAUAAUCUUGUCGUCAUGGCAACAGGUUAUGGGAAGAGUUUGUGCUUCCAGUUUCCUCCGGUGUACUGCCAGAAAAUCAGUGUGGUUAUUUCACCACUCAUCGCCCUCAUGGAGGAUCAAGUGCUUCAGCUCACGAUGUCAAACAUUCCUGCUUGUUUUCUUGGAUCUGCUCAGACCAAAAACCUAAAUGAGCAAGUGAAAAGGGGUGAUUUCAGAGUGGUCUACAUAACACCUGAGUUCUGCUCGGGGAACAUUCCUCUGCUAGUGCAGCUCGACAGGACUGUUGGUUUAUCACUGAUUGCUGUUGAUGAGGCUCAUUGCAUUUCUCAGUGGGGUCAUGAUUUCAGAAGUGCGUAUCGGGAGUUGGGGAAACUCAAGAAAAAUCUCCCCACUGUGCCUUUUUUGGCACUCACGGCUACCGCAAGUCCAUCUAUCCGUGAGGACAUCAUUAAUAGUCUUCAUUUGAUCAAUCCCAUGAUUACCUGUACCUCAUUUGACCGACCAAACCUUUACUUGGAUGUCAAUCGCAAGUCCGGGGACGUCAUCCAAGACCUUAAACGAUUUCUUGUUAAAAAGAAAAGGGGUGGUUAUGAGUUUGAGGGCUCGGCCAUUGUGUACUGUCCAUCAAAGAAAGAGGCAGAGCGUGUGACAGCAGCUCUAUUCAAACUGGACAUCCCAUGUGGAGUUUAUCACGCCGGUCUGAGCAUCAAACAGAGGAGAGAGACUCAGCACCAGUUCAUGAGGGAUGAGAUUCAGUGUGUGGUGGCCACAGUGGCGUUUGGGAUGGGCAUCAAUAAAUCUGACAUCAGGAAGGUCAUCCAUUAUGGAGCUCCAAAAGAAAUGGAGUCCUACUAUCAGGAGAUUGGCAGGGCUGGUAGAGACGGGCUGCCUAGUGCCUGUCACGUCUUAUGGAUGCCAGGAGAUAUGGCACUGAAUAAAUUCAUUCUCAACCAAUCCAAAAAGGAGCGCUUCAGGAGUUACAAAAUAGACAUGAUGGCAAAAAUGGAAAAGUAUCUGAACUCAACCAAAUGUAGAAGAAAGUUGAUUUUGUGUCAUUUUGAAGACAAGCGUCUUAGGAAAGUGACGUCUGGAAUUCUGGGUAGCAGUCAAUGUUGUGAUAACUGCCGGUCAGGUGUGAAUAAAGAGGAUCCAGAGGUGCUCCAGCAGGACUUUGGCUUGUGUGCGUAUCAAUUGAUAAAGGCCAUCAGUGCUAUGGAUGAGAGGUUUGGCAUCACAGCGCCCAUCCUCUUCCUGCGUGGUUCAAGUUCUCAGCGGGUUCCAGAUCGCUUUCGGAAGCACUCCCUUUUUGGUAUUGGCAGGGACGUCUCAGAAACUUGGUGGAAAGCUCUUGGCCGAGAACUUAUUGCUGAGAAAUAUCUGAUGGAAGCCACAGGCCACAGCAAAUUCACCACUCUCUGUAAAAUCACACCCAAGGGAAGAUCAUGGAUGAGUAAAGCUGAAGAUGAGAAGCACCGACAGCUUUUGCUGCAGCCCAACAGAGAUCUGUUCAGCAGAGUGUGUGCACCGCGGAGAAAUGCAGAUCCAGCACAAGUUGAACCUACAGUUUCUAACCUGCCGUCACCUCACAUACGGCCCUCUCUUGUUUCAUUUCAGAGGACAAAGCUUGGUUCUGAAUUCCCUCAGAUUGUGAAGAAAGGAGAUUUACCCUCUAGGUCAGCAGCCAGACAAACAAAGAUUCAAACUGAUGUCAGAGCCCAAACUCCAGGAGCCUCUGCUAAAGAAAUUCAGCUACAGUCUGAGCUGUAUGGUAAGCUGGUGUCUGAGCGUCAGAAGUUAGCUAGUCUCAGAGACAUCCCACCAGCUCUACUGGCCACCAAUAAAAUCCUGCUGGACAUGUCAAAAUUAAGGCCUUGCACAAUGUCCAGCUUGAAACAGGUGGAUGGAGUUUCAGAAGCAAAAGCAGCCAUGUUAACACCUCUCAUUGAUGUCAUCGUCAAAUUCUGCCAGACACACGGAUUACAGGUGGAUGUUUCCUCCAACUCUGCUUCAUCUGUCCAAACACACUCCAGCCGUGAGUCCGUUGUAGGAUCUGUGGCUCAGUGUCUGCCGGACAGCGUCUCCAUCACAUACAGGCUCUUCCAGACAGAGCACAAGAGCUUGAGGCAGGUAUCAGAUGCUCGCGCUCUGCCCAUAGCGGUGGUGGAGUCUCAUCUUCUGCAAGCUCAGAAAAUGGGCUACGUUGUGGACACAGACAGAGCAGGUCUCUCAACAUCCAUCAUGAGCACCAUCAGAAAAAACACAGCCAGCUCAGAUUUGUGUGAUUUUAAAGCAGUUCGUUCUCGUGUCCCUGAAGAUAUUAAUAAUUAUCUCUUGAGAAUGGCGAUUUAUGAACUCCAGAAAGAAGCUUCAUCCACAAAACAUCAUGACAUCAGCUGGAUUGAGCCACUGGACAAAUCAACUACUGCAAACAGACCAGCAGAUAAACGUGUGUGUGAAGAGCCACAGCAGGAGCCAGACGCCAUAGACAGAAGUGAAGAUGAUCUCUUCAUCAAUAUUCCCAUGCCACAGGAAGAACCCUGCUUGGGAAGUAAUGAACCUCUGAAGUCACAUGAGCCAGUUCCUCAAAGCAGUGGAAUGGAGCUGGCUUCCUGGAACCAGGAUAACCUGGAUAGGGAUACACAAGAUCUCUUCAGCGAUUCUCCUGUGAAGACUGUGAGUCAGCCUGCAAAGAGAAAACUGCCUGACUGGGCUGCAGGACCUACAACAUCAGUAACAAUUGCAUCGGAAAAGAGAACCAAAAAGAAGAAAGGACUUUUCAGUUGACAGUCUUAUCUUACUGAGCAGUUUAUUGUUUAUCUUGAUAUUUUGUACAUUUUUUAAAUUUGUUUUUGUUAAUAGCCUAAUUGUACGAGGGCGUCACCUUAUUUGUCUGUAAUUGUUCUCAAGGCUCUUGUUAAAAGGGGGACCAGCAGCUUGAUGUCUGCCGCCAGCUUGAACUCUUCCUGGCAUUUUUCAGAUUUCCCACAGACUAGUCAGCGAGUCUUUCUCAAUUUGUGCGUAUCGUGUUUCUGCUUCCGUGAGCGGCCCGAAGCUGUAUGCUACUGCCGUCCACCUGUCGUUGUGGAAGCACUUCUCAAAGACUUCAAAAAACUGAGAUUUCGGAAGUGUGGGCGGAGGACUUUAUAAGUCAUUCAUUCUUGGACAUGAAAAUCUCUGACCAUAGACGAUAUGAUUUUUGAAAGUUAAGAAAGUUUAUUGCUAAAAAGAAGAUUUUCAAAAACAAACAAAAAGCUAUUAGUUACUUUACAUUAUAAACCCGUUGUAACCUGCAUCUAUUAACUUAACAUCUAUUAUUAUGUCCAUGGUUCCUUAAAUUAAUAAUUUAAAGGCAAUGGGUUUGCUCACUUUUUAAAAGUAAACUAAUCGCUUUAAAAGCAAAAAGUUUAUUCACUUAAGUAAAUUCAACCAAUCUUUUUAUACAGUGUAAAUGCACUUUCUCACAAAGCAAACGGUGUAUUUUCUCUCAACACGAACAAUUAAUAAAACGCACAGCAUUUUCUCACAACGCAAACAUUUUCCGAAAAUGCACUUCAUUUUUAUACAAAGCAAACACUUAAUAAAAUGCGCUGCAUUUCACACAUCGCAAACAAUAAAAUGUGCUGUACUUUCUCCCAACGCACACAUUUUAAGAAAACACACUGCUUUUUCACACAACGCAAACAAUUAAAAAAACAUGCUGCACUUUCUCACAAAGCAAACAUUUGAUGAAAACGCACUGCAUUUUCUCACAACGCAAACAAUUAAUAAAGCGCACUGCAUUUUCACAAACGCUAACAAUUAAUAAAGCGCACUGCAUUUUCACAAACGCUAACAAUUAAUAAAGCGCACUGCAUUUUCACACAACGCAAACAAUAAAGCGCGCUGCAUUUUCACACAAACAAACAAUUAAUAAAACGCACUGUUUUCACACAACGCAAACAAUUAAUAAAACGCACUGUUUUCACACAACGCAAACAAUUAAUAAAACAUGCUGCACUUUCUCACAAAGCAAACAUUUUAUGAAAACGCACUGCAUUUUCUCACAACGCAAACAAUUAAUAAAACGUACUGCAGUUUCUCCCAACGCAAACAUUUUAUGAAAAUGCACUGCACAUAAAUGAAAUUGUACAUAAUGCAAACAAUUUCUAAAACGCACUUCAUUUUCACACAACGCAAACACUUAAUAAAAUAUGCUGUAUUUUCUCACAACUCAAACAUUUUACGGAAACGCACUGCAUUUCACACAAUGCAAACAGUAAAUUGCACUGCAUUUUCACACAAAGCAAAAAAAAAUGCGCUGUAUUUUCUCACAAUGCAAACAUUUUACGAAAAUGGGCUGCAUUUUCACACAACGCAAACAAUUAAUAAAAUGCACUGCAUUUUCACACAACGCAAACAAUUAAUAAAAUAUGCUGUAUUUUCUCACAACUCAAACAUUUUACGGAAACGCACUGCAUUUCACACAAUGCAAACAGUAAAUUGCACUGCAUUUUCACACAAAGCAAAAAAAAAUGCGCUGUAUUUUCUCACAAUGCAAACAUUUUACGAAAAUGGGCAGCACAACGCAAACAAUUAAUAAAAUGCACUGCAUUUUCACACAACGCAAACAAUUAAUAAAAUAUGCUGUAUUUUCUCACAACUCAAACAUUUUACGGAAACGCACUGCAUUUCACACAAUGCAAACAGUAAAUUGCACUGCAUUUUCACACAGCAAAAAAAAUGCGCUGUAUUUUCUCACAAUGCAAACAUUUUACGAAAAUGGGCUGCAUUUUUACACAACGCAAACAAUUAAUAAAAUGCACUGCAUUUUCACACAACGCAAACAAUUAAUAAAACGCACUGUGUUUUCACACAACACAAACGAUUAAUAAAAUGCGCUGCAUUUCCACACAACGCAAACAAUUAAUAAAAUGCACUGCGUUUUCACACAACACAAACAAACAAUAAAAUGCGCUGCAUUUUCACACAAAGCAAAAAAUAAAACGCGCUGCAUUUUCACACAACGCAAACAUUUAUUAAAACACGCUGCGUUUUCUCACAACGCAAUGGAAAUGUUUCAAGGAAACCCUAAAAUGUUAUGGACCAGGCUAUUUAGUUUGUGAUUAUUUAGGCUAAUAAAUACUAAAGACAAAAUAAAAUAAACACAAAAAACUCAUGGUUCAAAGAUAACCUACAACAUCACUAAGCACUAGUCACGGCACAGCACUUUAUUAAUUUGUUUGCGUUGUGAAAAAAUGCAGCACGUUUUAUUAUUGUGUUUGCGUUGUGAGGAUUGUCAAACGGAUGACGAUCUUUUCUUCAUUUGCUAGCGUUUUUUGUAAUUGCAUGUGUUUUCUUAAAUUGCAGCACUCUCUCGGCCACUGUACAUUUUGCUUCAUACAGUGAAAAAGGGAUUUGGCAUCUUACCAUUGCUUGCUUGCACUGAAGCAGUAUAUUCACAGAGCUACUGUAUGUAUAUAAGUGCAAAAUAAAAGUCAUAAGGCCCAAUGUUGCCCAUAUAGUGUAGAGACCCACAUAUCCUGUCUCAUCGUGUACUCAACAGUGAGUGUUCAUCAAGCUUGGCAGAUUUCUGAUGUUUCCAUCAUUCCUCAUCACCAUCUUCCCUAAAACCUCUCAGUGUUUUUUUAACAAGACAUUUUGCUCCUGCAACUUACCUGAUGCUGCUGAAAACCUUUCUAUGUCAAUACUUGACCGGUUUUGCACAACUCCAAAUUAUUUUGUGUUAACCUUGGUAACUAGUGUACAUUAUUGUUUUGUAUAAAAAAUAACAAAAAUAUAAGAAAUUAAAGAGAUGUAACUGCA